AUCACGUUAACUAUGUGCGUAUAGUGGAAGCAUAGUAAAGUAAUAACAAUCUUGUUUCGACGUUUCUCGAGAUGGCAGUGCAGAACACGAUCGCGAGUGUUGCUUCUUUCCUAUUUUUAUUUGCCGUGAUAGGUGGUACUGAGGCGGUUCGUUGCUAUCAAUGUAGUAGUGACACUGACCCGAAGGGCGAAGAUUUAUGUGGGGCUUAUCAAAAGUUUGACAAAGAGAAAAAUAUUGCUAUCGAUUGCAACAGCGAGGAGUCUCACAUGCCUGGCACGUUCUGCGUCAAAAUAACGCAUCAGAGCCCCCGUGGUUUUAUUUGGGACGGUAGAUGGCGGCAAGUGAUCCGUCGAUGUUCUUCCGUGGCCAGUACCGGAGUCACGGGCGUUUGUAACUGGGGGGUAUACGAAAAUGGGGUGUAUUGGGAAGAAUGUUCCUGUUCGGAAGAUUCUUGUAACGCAGCCUCAACUCUACCAUCGUUUUCGAUUACGAUCCUAUUAUUGCUUGCAACUACUGUAACGAACACAGUAACUUGCAAGUGAAAUUCAAAUAAAUUCGCAUAAACGAUGAAUAUUGCGGAUGGAGUUGGAUAUACGCGGUCAGAAGUAUUCGUGCUUGUAGCUAGAGUAACUUUUAUUGCGGCUUUUGGAUUCUUCAGUAUGAAAUGGCUUAUGAACCAACUUGAUCCCACGAACAAUGCAAAAAAGAAAGCGAAAAAAAAGGCACGAGAACAGUUACGAAAAUUGGCUAAAACCGAUAACCUAUUAUGGUCAGUAGACAUGGAUCAAUUAACGGAUUAUGAAAUGAUGAUAGCUAAUCACAUAGUGGAUCCUAAAGAUAUUCGGGUUUCAUGGGGAAAUAUUGCAGGUCUUGAACAUGUUAUACAAGAACUCAAAGAAACGGUUAUAUUGCCCAUACAAAAAAAGGAAUUAUUCGAAGACUCUCAGUUGACUCAAGCACCAAAGGGAGUAUUGUUACAUGGACCACCAGGUUGUGGCAAAACUAUGAUUGCCAAAGCAACUGCAAAGGAGACAAAAACAUGUUUUAUUAAUUUAGAUGUAAGCAUUCUAACUGAUAAAUGGUACGGGGAAAGCCAGAAAUUAACUGCAGCUGUCUUUUCAUUGGCUGUGAAACUUCAACCAUGUAUCAUUUUUAUCGAUGAAAUAGAUUCAUUUUUAAGAGCACGAAAUUCCCAAGAUCAUGAAGCAACAGCAAUGAUGAAAGCACAGUUUAUGUCCCUUUGGGAUGGACUAAUCACAGAUCCUUCUUGCACAGUUAUAAUAAUGGGUGCUACUAAUAGACCGCAGGAUUUAGAUAGAGCUAUUCUUAGACGUAUGCCGGCUACUUUUCACAUUGGUUUGCCGAAUGAACAACAACGAAUGCAAGUGUUGAAACUGAUAUUAGAUCGUGAGCCAAUAGCUGAAAAUGUGGAUGUAGGAAAACUGGCAAAAAUGACCGAAGGUUUUUCUGGAUCGGAUUUACAAGAACUUUGUAGAAAUGCAUCUAUUUAUCGUGUUCGAGAUUAUUUACGGUCCCACGCACAAGAUUCGGUUGGAAGUACCGAUGCAUGCGGUGAGGAAUAUCACGACGCUGUGCGUCCUAUAACAAUGGAAGAUCUUCUUACAUCGUGCAGAAAAAUAAAAACAUCUAAAAUACAUACGGGUACUUUUAGUGCGGUCAAAUCUGAUUUAGAUUAA